GACGCAGACACGAGUCGGAAUCUACGACACGGACAUAACGGAAGUUUAGACGGUUGCUCUGGGUGAACGAACGGGAACACUGACAGCAUCGCGUCAAAUAAAUAAUAAUCUCCCCUUAAACUAACUCACUUUCCCCUUUCCCUCACACAUGGCGUCCAAUUCUAAUAUAGAUAUUGAGGGUGCGACCCAGCAUCUCCGGGACAUUCUCAAGCUCGACCGUCCCGGGAACAGCACCGAUACACCAUCAGGUGAUGGUCUGAGAAUGCCAUCUUUUAAUGGAGAGCUGAAUGGCUUAUUGGGAGCAGCAGGUCUUCUAGGAAGCAGUGAUCGGUCAACCAUGUCAAAUUCUACCAGACCCAUCUCCACAGACCUCAGCAGCGCUCAGGAGUGUCAGAUAAUCUGCCUUUCUGGUGACGAUGGCUCCACUUGUAUCCCCAUCACCUCCAACAAUGUGGAGAUUGUGGCAAGUCAAGAUUCCAGCAUCAACAGCAAGGCUCGCGGCAGCAACAAGGUGAAGAUUCAACCCGUUGCCAAGUACGACUGGGAACACAAGUAUUAUUAUGGCAGACUGAUAGCCGUGUCCAACUCCUUCCUGGCGUAUGCCAUCAGAGGAGCCAACAACCAUGCAAUGAUUAGAGUCCUGAGUGUGGGUUUUGCUGAGCGCUCCCUACUGAAGGGCUUCACUGGAGCUGUCACAGAUCUGGCUUUUGCCCACCUUGACUCCUCCCUGUUGGGUUGUGUAGAUGAAGCGGGCAACCUGAUGGUUUGGCAGAUCACCUGCACUGGAAGCAAGAUACUUGAUCAGGUGGUGGUUCAUGUCCGACGGCCAGAAGACUACCCACUGAACUCCCACCGUCGCCUCAUCUGGUGCCCGUUCAUCCAGGAUGAAAAUGAGGAGAACCAGGAUGACACCAGCCAGACCUUAGCCCUGCUUCAUGAAGACAUGGCCGAGGUGUGGGACCUGGAAGUCUUGAGAGCCAACAACAGCAGUUGGCCUGUUGAUGCCACAGACCUAAAAGAAGGCCUCAUCACAAUCAAGGGACAUAACCAGCGAGUCAGUGAAGGGGCUCUGUCUCCAGAUGGAACCGUGUUAGCCACAGCCAGCCAUGAUGGAUACAUCAAGUUCUGGCAGAUAUACAUAGAAGGGGUACAGGACAAGCCAAGAUGUCUUCAUGAGUUGCGGCCUCACGGAGGACGUCCCCUCUCUUGCCUUCUUUUCUGUGACAACCACAAAAGACAGGACCCCGAGGUUCCUUUCUGGCGGUUCCUGAUAACUGGAGCGGAUCAGAAUCAGGAAUUAAAAAUGUGGUGCACUGUUUCCUGGACCUGUUUACAGACCAUCAGGUUUUCUCCAGAUCUGUUCAACUCAUCAGUUCUGCCAAGUCUAAAGGCCAGUCUGGACCUGUCUGCUCAGUAUCUCAUCCUCACCGACGUACAGAGGAAGGUUCUAUAUGUGAUGGAGCUGCGGCAGGAUCUGGAGAAAGGAAAGGCCAGUUUCACGGCAGUAUCUGAGUUCCUGUUGACCCACCCUGUGCUCAGCUUCGGGGUCCGGGAUGUCUCCCACAGCCGAUUGCGACACACGGAGGUCCUCCCUGCAGAGGAGGAGAGUGAGAGUAUGACAACAGAGGGCACUCAAGGACCAACAGAGUCCAAGUCUGGCAUCCAAAUUAAACUCUACUGUGUUCACACUAAGAGUCUGCAGGAUGUCCAGAUCUGGUUUCAGCCCAACUUGGGUUCCAGCUCAACUGUCUUCCUGCCCCAUUCUGAUUCCCAGGAUGGUUUUGCAGGGUUUUCAGACCACCUCACGGACCAGAGCUCUGACAAGGAUUCAGGAAGUGGCUCCCAGACCGACCUUAGGAAGAUCCCAUCGCUUCCUGCUCCCACUGACUUCCUGUCAAACUCCGGCGCCAGCAGUGGGACCAAGCUGAUGACUCCCGACGCCUUUAUGACACCAAGCACUUCGGUACCGGCAUCUCCUGGCAGCAGCGCCAGCAGUUUGACCGUUGUGACAGCUAUCAGCAGCAACUCUGACUCAACUAACAGAGCUAUUGACGAUGUCAGCCAAAGUCCUAACCGAGCAGAGAACAGCAGCAGUAGCAGCAGCAGCAGCAGUCUGGCCCUCUCCAACUCCACCAGCAGCCCAAGAGCUGCUUCUGUUGUGCUGAUGCCUGGACUGGAGAACCUACAGGCUUUAGCGUCCCCUAUUGGUCCUCUGACACUCGAGAGCCCGCAGGUCCUGGACUCUCCCCUCCUGCCACCUCUGGCCUCUCCAACUAGGGCCCGCUCCCCUGACGUGAUCUCCUCCGCCUCCACCGCCAUGUCCCAGGACAUGCCAGAGAUUGCAUCCCAGACCCUGCAGCUUCCGCGUGGACUAGUGUCCAACUUGGAGCCCCUACCUCUGUCUGCUCUCCAGACAGACAGCAUGGCCUCUGCUGCAUCUGCCCUGCACCUACUCACUUCAUCACGCACUGCCAACAACAGCAGCUUGUUGGCCCUCGAACUCGGAGGUGCUGAUGGGCCAGUGGGCGGCCCAGUAGAGUCAGAGCCCAGACUCAGCAACACACCGUCACUACUUGAGAAUGCCUUAUCACAGGAGAACCCUGGGGUUGGGGGAGGGUCCUCAGAUGGUAGUGUCAGCCACACACCUUGGCCGGCUGCGCCUGACAUCACUCGAGAAACCAGGAACAGUCUCAGGGACAAUGGUCUUGGAGACUGUUCAAGAGAGGAGUCGAAGGACAGGCACUUGAGCUCGCCUUACCAUCGACGCUCCUAUCACCUCACGCAGAAUGACAGUCAGGACGCUGGCGCAGAGCAGAGUGACCCUGAUGAUGAAGUGGCCAGCCUGGCAUCAUCCUCAGGAAAUUGUGGCUCUCGUUCUUCUCACAGACUGCCAGUUAAGGACUGGAAGACCUCACCACGAGGCUCGCCAAAAGUAAAGAGGAAGACCAAGAAAGAUGAUAGUGAAUCUUCUCAGUCCAGGCUAAUGGACUCAGUUCAGAUGAAUGCAGAAGUGCAGGACGAGUUGUUGAUGCUCCUGCGUAGCCAGCAGAGAGAACUAACUGAACUGCGUGGUCAGAUCGAAGCCAUGCAGAGCACCAUUAUGGCCCAAGUAGUGCAUGUCCUUACCAGCCACCAGGAAAAAGAACAGCGCAGGCUAGAGCGAGUUCUGUCAGAGAGUCAGAAUCAUCAACAGCAGCUUCAGGAACAACUCAGCCAGCAGCUCAGCCACACCCUCAGCUCGGUGCUGACCAACAGAAUGGAUAAAGUGCUACGAGAGGAAAUGAAGAAAACAGUCCCGCAAACAAUCUCUAAGAGUCUGGAGCCAGUGACUGGUCAGUUGAGCAAUUCAAUUGCUGCUAAGCUCACCGCUGUGGAAGUCACCCUGAAGGAAAAUGUCAGCAAGGUGGUCAAAUCCAAGAACACAACCGAUGCAAUUGGUCGAGCAGCAGCAGAAGCCAUGCAAGGACCCAUCCAGGCAGCCUAUAAAGACGCCUUCCAGGGUAUUGUGCUGCCUGUUUUCGAAAGAGGCUGCCAAUCCAUGUUUCAACAAAUCAAUGACAGCUUCAAACAAGGCACACAAGAAUACAUCCAACAGCUUGAGACCCAUAUGAAGAACAGAAAGCAGAAAGAGCAAGAGGGACGAGACCCCAUGAUUGGCCAGCUCCAGCAGAUGACUGACAGCUUCCAAAGCUCUACCGAUCAGCUGGCCACUAACAUCACAGCUAAUGUCCGGGCAGAGGUCCAGCACCAGAUCCAGAUGAUGGUGGGAAAUUUGCAGGAGUCUAUUCUUAGCCAUGUGCAACGAAUUGUCAAAGGGGAGGUGAGCCAGGCCAUGAAGGAGCAGCAGGCCGUGGUCACCUCCAGCAUCAUGCAGGCAAUGAGGUCAGCGGCCAGCACACCUGUCCCCACAGCACACCUAGACUACCAGACACAGCAGGCCAACAUCCUGCAGCUCCUCCAGCAGGGCCAGCUCAACCAGGCUUUCCAGCAGGCUCUUUCAGCGACUGAUCUGAACUUGGUCUUGUAUGUGUGUGAGACCAUCGACUCUCAGCAGGUGUUUGGUCAGCAUCCCUGCCCUCUCAGCCAGCCUGUGCUGCUGUCGCUCAUCCAGCAGCUCUCCUCCAACCUCACAACCCGCUCUGAGCUUAAAAUCAACUACCUGGAGGAUGCAGUGAUGAAUCUAGACCACAGCGACCCGCUGACUAGAGACCACAUGUCCUCGGUGUUGGCCCAGGUCCGACCGAAGCUCUUUGCCUUCCUGCAGCAGGACCCACACAGCCCGCUCAGCAAGAGGGCGCGGCGCCUGAUGAUGAUGCUGCAGGGUCUUGUCAGCCACUAGUCCUCCAUUCAAAGAGUUGUUUCCUCAGAUGCACAUGGAUACCGAUCAUGAGUCCCUUUUUGUUUACGAGUCCAUGUAGGUUUUAGAGGAGAAAGCAACGGUUUCUUCACCCCACUAGGAGCAGUUUCUUGGAGCUGGGGACGGGACUUGCUGUUGGUUGAAGAUGGAAGACGAGUUUGAAACCUCUCGCUUGGUUCAAGAAUGGCUGUUCCCACCUGGCCCGCCACACAACCCUAAUCCAGCUCUUCCUCCCCCUGUUCUACCUGCACCCGUGAGGUGUCAAGUUAGGAAAUAGAUUUUUUUUUUUUCUGGACAUACCUUCAGUGCAAGACAAUAAUGGUUCAGACAACUCUGAAGUUUCUGCUUGUUCCCCCAAGAGGCAUUCUGGUUGUCUCUCAUCCUUUUAUCCCCAUCAAGAAACAAACGAUUGUCUCAGAAAGGACCUGAAAUGUCUGGUCGUCUCUGUCUCCCAGACACAUCAUACAUGACACUCCUUGAUGCCCCUUCAUCCAAAUGUGCACAAGACUCAAAGAAUGUUCAGCGGAGUGGUCCACAGGACCAAACAUCGCCGGUUCUUUUGAGAAGAGAUGGUUUGCCUCAAAAUGUCCCCUUGUAUUUUGGCCUUACGAGCAAACAGCAGGCUUGGACACAUUCUUUUUUUCUCUUCAAUACAUACCAGCAUCUACGCUAGAGCCCACUUGGAAUUCGGUUGCUGCAGGAUUGUGCUGUGUUCGGUUACGUUUUUUUUCAAACAUCCAAGCUAAUCCGGGCAACCAAAAGUAUGUAACAUUUAAAGCCAUUUGAUGUUGGUGGCAUGUUUUCUUUCAGUUAUUUCUUAAUAGGUUGGAGAGGACAACCUUGCUAGGCCAAAUCAGUCUCAGUGCUUUGAAGAGGAUCGACACGCUGAAUUGUUUUACUGAAAGUGAAUUGAAUUGGUUCCUGCGUUGGGAUUCAGGAAGGAAAGUAUAUCAUACUCUCCGUCUGGUCUUGUUUUCACUAAUAAUUCUAAUGAGGGUCUCUGAAGAAUACAAUUAAGGUUAAAGGAUGAGAAAAAACAUUUUUUGAAAUGUAACAAAUAUUUGUGACGGUCCUCCAGGCUGAAAAGAAUCCCCCUUUGAAUCUAAAAUCUUUGGAGCCCAACAUGAGGUUUGGCAGCCGUCCAUGUGUACACCUGUGUCCUGUAAAAUGUCUCUUCCUCCCUUUUUUAUAUAAACAUUUAGCAUUUGUAAGACUUGUAUAUUUGCUUUAAGAGUUGUCAAACUAGUUAUACUACAUAAUGAAACACUUCCUAAACCUAAUUGUUACUGAUGAUGUUAUCAGGCUAUCCCAAAUAAGGUUUGUAAAUGGAAUGUGCAGUUACGUCUCAUAGGCUCCAGGAGGCAGCACGUGGUUGGACUGUUGCCCCUUCUUUGGCUUCAGAAAUCACUCCUGCUCUCUCAGUAUCUGUUUUAGCAUUUGUCCACAGCCCGUUUACACACACACACACACACGCAUCAUUGUUUAAUUUUAGGGUGGCCACAUCCUUGAGCUGAUUGUUCAUUUGACCUCUGUAGAUUCAGUUAUGUUGGAUUUGUCUAGCAAGUGCCUUAUUGUAUCCUCCAUGAUUCCCUUCAACAUUUGUUUCCAUUUGGGCCUUUAGAACACUUGUAAUGUUUGAGCAUUAUCCCAUUAUCUUUUUUACUUUGACAAGCAUUUAUGUCGUUAAAACGUCGG